UCCCGUUCCUGUUGCUGUUCCCGUUCCCCUCAGGCCGUGCCGGGCGCAGGGCCGGGCGGCGGCCGUGUGUCAUUCGCGCUGCCCGUGCCUCCCCUACCUCGCAGUCGGUGUCGGAGAGGGCGGGAGCGCGGAGCGCGGCGGGGGCAGGGAGGGAGCGCGGCGCCAGCGCGGCGCCGCCGCAUGCGUCGCUGAUGGAGCCGGGCUCGGGGCUGCCGCAGCGCAGGGUGGGGGGCGGCGGGCUGGACCUCGGGGCGGGCUCGGCAGGAGGGUCGCCGGCGCUCUCGGGGGGGCAGUCCCGCCGCAGGAAGCAGCCGCCGCGCCCGGCCGACUUCAAGCUGCAGGUGAUCAUCAUCGGGUCGCGGGGGGUGGGAAAGACCAGCCUCAUGGAGCGCUUCACCGACGACACCUUCUGCGAGGCCUGCAAGUCCACCGUGGGUGUUGAUUUUAAAAUCAAAACAGUAGAGCUAAGAGGAAAGAAAAUUAGAUUACAAAUCUGGGACACAGCAGGUCAGGAGAGAUUCAACAGCAUUACCUCAGCUUAUUACAGAAGUGCCAAGGGAAUUAUUUUGGUGUAUGAUAUCACCAAGAAAGAAACAUUUGACGAUUUACCAAAAUGGAUGAAAAUGAUUGAUAAGUAUGCUUCAGAAGAUGCAGAGCUUCUGUUAGUUGGAAAUAAACUGGACUGUGAAGUUGAUCGAGAGAUUACUCGACAGCAGGGAGAAAAGUUUGCCCAGCAAAUAACUGGGAUGCGGUUCUGUGAAGCAAGUGCCAAGGAUAAUUUUAAUGUGGAUGAAAUAUUUCUAAAACUUGUUGAUGACAUUCUGAAAAAGAUGCCGCUGGAUGUUAUAAGAAAUGAGUUGUCCAACAGUAUCCUGUCCCUGCAACCAGAGCCAGAAAUCCCACCAGAACUGCCUCCUCCAAGGCCACAUGUCCGUUGCUGUUGACUUGUUACUCCAUACAGAGUGAAAAAUAGGAGCAGGAGUUUAAAAACAGUAUCUGUACUACUCUGCACUACAAUCAUUUGGCAGUUUCUUGUUGCACUUUGUUAUUCGAGUCAGAGCUACACACUAACUUGUAAAUAUGCAAAUAUGCAAUCCUGUGUAGGAUUCAGCUAUAACAUUUAAUUAUUACCCCUCUCCCUCACAAUGACGUUUCAUUCGUUGCCCCAGUGUUAUAAAUACUGUACAGUUGGUGGGGGUUUGCCACACUUCCAGUCGAGGAGGAGGAGGAGGAGAAAUUUCAUCUAUACCUAUUCUUGACAUAAAUGUUGUAAUAGUUCUUUGUUAUUAUAAACAGGCAGGCAGAAGCUCUUCUGGUAUGAAGACAAGUAUAUGGUGCUUUGCUAACUAUUUUAAAGACAAAUUUUUUAAAAACAGAGGACUUUCUGUACAAAGCUUCCAUAAUCAGCGUUACAUUUCUUUUUAAUGUAGUGAAAACAUUUUUUGCUGUAGCAUCCUCUGCUGACUGGACUUCUUGAAAAGCUAGGUUUAAUUUUUGGCAGUCUUUUAUUUAUUUUGUUUAAUGCUGCACCCUUUCUUUGUGUACCAAGACAUCACAUCUGGUGCAGAUCUCAGAUUGCACUCUCAAAUAGCAUAUGUAAUUUUCUGCGUAAGCAUAAACUUGGUUGUGAGAAUCAGUAAGUUUCAAUAAAAGAAAAGAGGAUAUAUUCAAGCUCUAAAAGAAGGUAUAAAAAACAAUGCUGCUGUCCUAGACAAAUUCUUUUUUUAAAAAAAAUAAAUAAGAUAACAUUUUCCUAUGUUAAGGAAUAUAUAUGUGUAUUUGUCUGGACACCUGUAGGGUUGGGGGGAAAGGAACCCAAGGUAAAAUUAUUUUCUUUCCAAGUGGUGGAAAUUAUUCCCAUCAAGCAAAUACUGUGUUAGGUUUUUGUCUGAAAAAAAUGAAUUUGUGAAUUAUAUCUUUGGUAUAUCUUUUAUUAAAAUGCACUGUUUAGUUUAGCUGUGGUAAAUCAGUAGUUACAUAUUUGAAUAACUCGGUGUGUCCUGAGUGUUGUGGUAUUGGAAACAUUGUGGUCUUUCUAAACUAAUGAAGUGCAAAUAAAAUUUUGUAUUUAUGAAUGACAGUGGAACUGCACCUGUUAUUAGAAUGGCAAGUAUGAAGUGAUGGGUAAAAGGUAGAAUCUGGAAUACAGAACAAUACUUGUUUUAAUUUUGUUAUGCUUUAAUUUCCAGUUUGACAAUUCCUUUGGUUGUAGUUGGAAGAGCAGCAGACAUUAGACCUCGAUCGCUGCUCUGUUGAGAGAGCAGCUGAUGACCUAGCCCAGCUGAUAUCUUCAAAUAGCGUGUGACUGCUUGUCAUGCUCUCUUAGCAGGUGGUCGCCAAACUAUUAAUUACACUGGCAACAGAAGUAUGAAACAGUCUCUUUCACACUACAGCUUCUCUACUUCUCAUUCUCUGGUACUGGAACCCAUUUUGUCACUUUUGCCACUCUUCUAAGCCAAAACGCUGGCACCCACCAGUGAAGGUAUAGCACUGACUUAAACAGCCUCUCUCUGGUUUCUGGAAGGAAAAAAAAGACACAACAGACUGUUAACAUUAAAAAUAAAAUCAAUAAAUUACACACGAGCCCUUAUUUCACCGAGUAAGCUCUGACAUUUCUGAAUUCAAUACCAUGCGGAUCUUUAGCACACCUGGAUUUCAACCAACAAAUUAAAGACGCAUGGUUGAUAUUUGUUCUUAUGUCUUCUGCCACCUUGUGCCUAAGUGUUUUGCGUUUUUAACAUAGUAAACUUACAGUUUACUACUGUAUUGAUAAGAUAAAAUCCAUUUCUAAAGCACUUGGAGGAUUUCUGAUGGUACUGUGAGCAAGAGCAAGGAAGGGAGAAUUGCAGAAAAUGAAUUUUACCUUGACAACCCUUUUGGUUUAGCUGAUUUGUUUUUACUUGUACUUAGAAACUUGUCCUUUUUUUCCUGCCGUUUUUGACUUUAAUAAAAAUCAAAAAAUUUGACUUAGA